AUGGCAGCAAAUUCUUUCACAAAGCUUCCAAAUCCAUCUACAACAGCCCAUCAACCGCUCAAUCAUCAUCGUCAACACCAUACAACAAAACCCAAAUCUCUAAUGCUACCUCAAUCUCUUAAACCCUUCACUUCAUUAUCAUGGCCACGCAAAACCACCACCCACUUGUCCACUCACCGCCCUAUCUCGGCCACUGUCCUCUCCAGCCUCCCCACUGCGUGGUCAUGGAGGGCAAUAAAGGCAUUUGCUAUGGCUGAAUUGGAAGCUAGGAAGCUCAAGUUUGCUAAUACUGGCACUGAGGCCCUUCUUUUGGGUAUCUUGAUUGAAGGGACUAGUCUAGCUGCCAAAUAUCUGUGGGCAAACGGAAUUACUGUUUUUAAAGUACGUGAAGAAAUUAUUAAGUUACUUGGAAAGGCUGACAUGUAUUAUUUCCCUCCCGAGAGGCCUCCCUUGACUGAUGAUGCUCAAAAGGUCCUCGAUUGGGCUUUUGAUCAUAAACGAAAAUCUGGUGAUAGCGGAGAAAUUACAACAAGUGAUCUGCUUCUAGGCAUUUGGUCAGAAGUGGAAUCCCCUGGCCACAAGAUACUGGCUGCCCUCGGCUUCAGUGAUGAGAAAGUCAAAGAACUGGAGGCUUCAAGUUCUGGACCUGGGUUUGUAGAUGGAUGA